ACACAAACUCUUUGUUUAAAGGAAAUUUUGGUGAACGUUAAAGCAUAUAUUUAAGGAAGAUUAAGUAGAGUCAAGAUGACGGAAGAGGGGGCAGAUGGAGAUGAGCAUAAAUAUUUUUACGCUCUUUAUUCCUAUAGCUCCCAAAGUUCCCAAGACGAGACAGGGGACAACCAACAAUUGGCUGAAAGCAAUGGGUUUAGUUUGACACAUGUGAUGAGUGACCUACCAGAGGCUACAGAAAAUCAUUUGUCCCAGUUUUUGUUCAGUAAAAUUUCCAAGGGUCAGCUUUACAAUGAUUCUGGCAGCAUUUCAUCUUUUACAUUCAGGGAAGAAGAAAAAGAUACAGAGAUGUCUUGUUACUACUGUAAGCUAAGAGGUGCUGAUACAGUGAAUGUAGACAUCAAUGUUGGGCAGGGAGACUUCAAUGACAGCCGAGAGCCCAGGGCACAUGUCCUGUGCUUCCUCACUCCACACAGCAAUAUGUUGGAUCAUUUCCGACAUGAAUUGGAUAUGUAUGCGCUGGGACUCUUUAAAUUCUUGGAACAAGAUAAUGAGACUCAGGCAAAGGUUUACCUUGAGAAAUGGGCUUAUGAAACAACGGAGUUCCUCUGUAGAAGUCUUAAACUGCUUGGUCAGGAUGUCAAGUAUCUGAUGUAUGCUGCCCUAAGAGACGCCCAACUGGUUUUUGAAGGAGUGGAUAACAGUGUACAGCAAGAUUUGCUCCAGUUUGUGAAGUCCUGUAGCCUGGGGGACAUGCUGAGACAGACAGAGAGCCCUCUGUCAGGAAGCCUGGAUAUGUUGACCGACCUCACCCCUCAGAGCCUGGACAGUAAGAAGAAGACCAUCCAGGUCAAAACUGACAGUGGGCAAUUCAAAUUCCUGCCAGAAUAUUGUACAAAAUUCUGUGAGGACUGGAGUCAGUCUGUGAAUAGUUUGAGUAGAGGACAUCCAGGGCUCAUUAAACAGGUCAUAGAAGCAGGGAAAUUAAAGUAUACACAGAGUAUCAACACAUUAAAGAGGUUGAUGAUGCAGGCUGAAAAUGACUAUUAUGCAUUAUACAGGGCAUACAUGUUCCUUAAGAACUCUGGAAACUGUGAGAUUCUUCUAAACUGUGCACACCUGGAGUUGCAGUCUGAGACAUACAAUGUGUUCCGGUGUCUGGAGGAGUUUGUGAGUGAGACGGGAGUGAGUUAGAUGUUGAGAUCAAUAAAAUUAUUACAACC